AUGCCAUCCUCGCCGCAGACCCCCAGACAUUCCCGGAACUCGUCCGCUUUCGAUAGCUUCUCAGGCUCACCACAAGCCCGAAGGUUCUCCAAGUCAUCCGUGCAAGACGCCUCCACACCGUUCCGAAACAGUUUCAAUCAACAAGAUGCGUUGGAGUUGAGUGGAAACGGCAUGGGAAACCUGGCAGAUGAGUUGGCCGACGCCUUCUCAGACUCAGGAGACGAAGGGGACUAUACAGAUGGUGACGCCAACAGCGACAUGUUUAGACCUGAAGGGGGAAUGCAGGUUCAGGAGGAGGCGGACGAGAUGGAAGAUGUGGAAACCACCAGCAGCCCGAAGAAGCAAGACGCCGAGCGGGCAAAAGCUGCGAACCUUACUCUUCUCUCGCCACGACGAAAACACCAACGGCAGACCAGUAAUUACGAUGGUAGCGAAUACGGAUCAGAGUCAGAUUUGGAUUCCCCUGGUAUGCCACCUGGCUUGGUAUCUAAAAUGGACGCUGUAGAGUCACUUGCUCGGAGAGGAACAGAAAACUAUGGUGGUCCAGCAGACGAUGUGUUCAAGAGAGUCACGAACGCAUUGCGGGACCUUGGCUCCCAGUCGAGUGUUGAGGCUAGUGCAUCAAGGUUGAUAACAGCACACUCAGCGUUGACAACACAUUUGAGUCACCAGACUCGUCAGAUCCACAACCUCUCGUUUUCUUUACUAUCACCCCUAGUUGCCCCGCCGGACCCGGAGACAAUUGACGACCUUAUACCAUUGCUCUUGAACCUUUCUGAUGCCAUGCCACGACCCUCAACAUCGGCAUUCAACUCUUUAACAAGCCUCCACUCCCUUACCACUGAGCUUGUACAAAAUCUCAAUUAUCUCUCCGAUACUCUACACAUGUCUCGGCAGACAACAACAAUGGCAACAAGAAGACUCAAGAGUGCAAAGGAGAUUGUGGCUGAAAUGAGAAAAGAAGAGGAGCUGAGAGAGGAGGGUGAGCGGUGGCUUACAAGAGGUAACUGGGGUGAACGUCUGGAGAAGAGAGAAUGCGCAGGCGUGUGUGGAGAUGUCAUCGGCGGGUUUGAAGAAGUCUGUAAUGGAUGGCGAGAGAGGCUGCUUGCGCAGGCCGAGUCCCAAGCCUAA